AUGGUCUCCUCCCCUUAUCCCGAUGCACUGUUUUUGCAAGAAAUCGCUACCUCUCGCAAGCGCCCGUGGGACCUGAUGGAAUGGGUCAAACAGUGCAAGCUACCACCCUGUGAGGCUAUUCGCAAUGGCGACCAGCCUUGCCAUGAUAUGGAUGACCUCUGGGACACCCUUCAUGGCACAUACAACUCGGCCUUGGAUCGUGAGUAUGACGCUUCAGUCUUAGACGAGCUUCCUGAUGAGCCGGUCUGUGAGUGGGCUGACUUUUUGGAGCAUGAGUUGUUGAGUGCCCUUAAGGGGUGCUCUAACUCCUCUGCACCAGGACCGGACCAUGUUACAUGGGUCCACCUAAAGGAGUUGCUCAAGGACAAGCACGUCCUUGCGCUCUUCAUCAUGUUGGCCAACGCUUGCCUCUGGGUUGGGCAUUGGCCAGGUAUGUUUAAGGAGUUGCUAUCAGUUAUCGUCCCAAAGCCGAACAAGCCCUCCUAUGCAGUUCCGAAGGCUUUCAGGCCUAUUGUCCUCCUCAUCACUUUUGGUAAACUUAUCAAGAAGAUGAUUGCCAACAGGAUACAGUUUGACGCCGUCAAACAUGAUAUCUUUCAUCCAAACCAGCUUGGCAGUAUCCGCCAGAGGUCGACUGAGGAUGCUGGAUUGAUUCUGACUCAUCUCUUCUUCCCUUCUAUCAACCAUGAAAUGUUCAUGGCUGUUCUACACAAGCAAGGUUUCUCCCCAAUCUUGGUGGAUUUCUUUGCUUCUUACUUAGUUGGGCGCUCCACAGUUUACUGUUGGAACACCUUCCAAUCUGGCUCACAGUCUGCGGAUGUGGGUGUCAGGCAGGGCUCAGCUCUCUCGCCUGUUGUUUCAGGGCUUUUCAUUGCUCCAGUAAUGAAGCUAUUCUAUAUCAAAGCAGUGCGGUUCAACACGAUGCUGCUAUCCUUCAUGGAUGACAGGACCAUCCUGGCCCAGUUCAAACAACUUGAUGAUAAUAAUGUGGGCCUGCGUAAGGCCUACAAAAUUAUCUACCUACUCUUUGUUGCUUUCGCACUUGUCCUUGAACAUGACAAGACUGAGCUGUUUCAUUUUUCGCGCGCUACACCUUUGAAGCCCAAGACCUAUUGGAGGUACCUGGGCUUCUACUUUGACCACGGGCUCACCUUCCAUGAGCACGUUCGCUACUAUGCCACCAAGGCAUUUACCACUGUGCAAGCCAUGCGCAUGCUCGGGAACUCCACUAGAGGUCUCUCACCUAAACAGCGGCGCCUCCUCUAUAGAUCUUGCAUGGUUCCUAUUGCCACGUACAGUUCUUGUCUCUGGUAUUUUGAUGGUGCCUGUAACAAGGGCACCAUGAACCAGCUCAAAUAG